AUGGUCUCCUUCGAUGUGACGUCGUUAUUCACAUCCAUCCCACCAAACGUGGCCCGCGAAGUCUUGCGCAAGAGACUUGAAGAUGCGUACGAUGAGACUCAGGAUGCCCUCAAAAUUGAAUACCUCAUGAGGCAGUUUGAAUUCUGCCAACAAACUUUCUUCACUUUUGUGGCAGAGACCUAUGAACAAAUCAAGGGAACCCCAAUGGGCUCACCGGUCUCCGGCUUGGUGGCAGAACUGGUCCUACAGGAGUUAGAAAAGAUUGCCUUCCUCCAACAUGAACCAGUGUUUUGGCGCCGUUACGUAGACGACACGUUCGUCAUCAUAAAGAAGGACAUACUGCAACAUUUCCACAGCCUGCUCAACACAGUCUUCCCUGAUAUAAAAUUCACGAGGGAAGAAGAACAGGAACAGCAGUUGCCCUUCCUGGAUGUGCUCGUCAGACGAAAUCUUAACGGUGAACUUGAAACGACGGUUUACAGGAAGGCAACGAACACCACACAGCUUCUCAGUUUUCACAACAACCAUCAGGUGGCUCACAAACGAAGCUGUGUUAAGACGCUCUUUAAACGGAUCCAAACUCAUUGCAGCAAACCGGAGGACAGAGCACAUGAGGCCCGUUAUCUCCGCGACCAGCUAGUGCAAAAUGGCUAUCCGAGGGCAUUCAUAAGUCGCUGCCUACGCGGUCGCCACCAGAGAACUCGAACAUCAACGCCACCGACGAUAUGGCAUUCUCUGCCAUACAUCAAGGGUGUUUCAGAAGCUACCGAGCGCAUUGCUGCGGAGCUAGGUGUUGGAAUUGUACACCGCCCCAAAGCCACCAUGCGCAGCAGAGUCAUGAAAAUCAAAGACCAGUUAAAACUUGAAGAGCAAUCUGGAGUAGUGUAUCGCAUUCCGUGUCAAAAUUGUCCUUGUAACUACACAGGACAUACUGGACGCAUACUCGGAUCGCGCAUACACGAACAUAAGCUGGCUGUGCGGCGAGGCUGUGCAUAAUCACAAGUGGCCGCCCACACCUACCAAAUGGGUCACGAGUUUGACUUCGCAGCCACCAAAAUAAUCGCCCACGCCGAAAACAAAACAGGCCGAUAAUUGAUUGAAUCCUGGGCCUCGGAUGAGAACCCGGUCAAUCGAUUUAUCGAUCUGGCGCCGGCGUACAGAGCCCUUCGUAGUCACCUCCAGUCGUGCAACGUCGGUCGAUGAUUGGGCCCACGUGCCUUUUAACUGCCGCUUGUCCUGUUUCUGCCAAUACCUCUAACGAUGGACUCCUGUACGAGUCUAAAAGCUCAGGAUAAAAAACGAAGUGUUCCGGUGCUCGAAAUGUGUUAUCCUAGGAGUGAAGAUACACCACAUUUAGACCGCACAGUCCUAUGGCCAACGCCACCAUCACUCUUGUAAGCCCUCUUCUCUACCAGUACGCUUUCCCGACGACAACCCAGGGUGCGCAUACUGCACGCCUUCGACAUAACCUCCCAAGUACGUCCAAGUUCGUUGCUCCUGCCUUUUAAGACACUGCUUCCCACCUACCUCCUGUCACCGUACUGGUUAACUUUGAAGGCCAGUCUGUGCAGGUUCUAGUCGACAACGGGCUAAUGUAUCUUAAGUGCAUCCUUCUAUCUUGUCCCGCAAAAUCUAUGGACGGAUUGAACCUGUAAGCUAUUCUCGUAAUCUGCGAGUGGCGACCGGCAUCGCGAUAAUUACCAUAGGUCUGAUAACUCUCAAAUUCAUCCAUGAAGAUACAACAAGUGCGUAUCCGCUCCUAGUAACGCCAGGUAGCCCGUGGACCCAAGCCCUACGGCUAGGUUUCUUGACGGACCAUAACCGCACUAUUCAUACCAAGGACCACCGUCUGUUAAUCAUUUCAAAGAACAUCUCAACGCCGUCUUCCAGGACAUUCAAUUUACGAUGGAGGAGGAGGAAAACAAUCAGCUGGCCUUCCUGGAUGUCCUCGUCUGA